CAAAAUUUGAAUAAAAGUCUUUUCUCUCUCUCUCUCUCUCUAUUCUCUAACAUACACACACAGAGAUGGAUUCGAAAACCCCAUUGAAAACCAACAUUCUCAAUUCGUCUUGCGUUUCGAAAGUGAGGGUCGUCCUUAGGGUUCGUCCCUUUCUCCCCCGAGAGAUCUCCGAAGUCCAGCCGUGUGUUUCCGUAAUCGACGGUCACCAUGACAGCGAAGUGGCGGUUCAUCUCAAAGAUCCACUUAGCUGUCGGAAGGAAUGCUACCAGCUGGAUGCGCUGUUUCACGGGAGAGAUGGUGAUGAGAAGGUGAGGCAGAUAUUUGAUAGAGAAGUAAAUCCUUUGAUUCUGGGGAUUUUCAACGGUUUCAACGCUACUGUGCUUGCCUUUGGAGCUACCGGAAGCGGGAAGACGUUUACCAUGCAGGGAACCGAUGAGCUGCCUGGCCUUAUGCCAUUGGCCAUGUCCACCAUCCUGUCUAUGUGCGAGAAGACAGCAAGUAGUGCAGAGGUUUCGUAUUAUGAAGUUUACAUGGACAGAUGUUGGGAUCUCCUAGAGGUUAAAGCCACCGAGGUUGCUAUUUGGGAAGAUAAGGAUGGACAAGUUCAUCUCAAGGGACUGUCUAGUAUCCCAGUUAACUCCAUGCCUGAGUUUCACGAGGCGUACUCAUGUGGCGUCCUGCGGAGGAAAGUUGCACACACUGGUCUAAAUGAUGUCUCUAGUAGAAGCCACGGAGUGCUUGUGAUCUCAGUACUCUCGGAAGGUGGUGUCACUGGAAAAAUCAAUCUCAUUGAUCUGGCUGGUAACGAAGACAAUAGAAGGACAGGCAAUGAAGGAAUCCGUCUGCAAGAGAGCGCCAAGAUUAACCAGUCAUUAUUUGCAUUGUCCAAUGUGGUUUAUGCACUGAAUAACAAUCUGCCCAGAGUGCCUUACAGGGAAAGCAAAUUGACUAGAAUAUUGCAGGAUUCACUUGGGGGAACAAGUAGGGCUCUCAUGGUAGCAUGCCUGAAUCCUGGAGAAUACCAAGAAUCUCUUCGCACUGUUAGCCUCGCUGCAAGGUCUAGGCAGAUUUCAAACGUUGUGUCUAUGAAUCCCAAGGUUGAGACCCCCAAGGUUAAAGUAGACAUGGAAGCAAAACUGCAAGCUUGGCUGGAAUCAAAAGGCAAGACAAAAAGCUCGCAUAGGAUGAUGCCUAUACGUUCUCCGCUGAUAGGUACAAAUCAAAGUUCAAUAUCUCGAAGCUCGGUCAAGAAACUCGGUGUUCAUAGAUCAGCCGUUGCAGGAAGUGCCAAACUUACUGGCAAAGAACAGAGGAACGCAUUUGUGAGUGCCAGGAACUUAUUUGGUGGGGAAAUCUCUGAUGCUUCACAGUUAUGGGAACCAAUACAGAAUCUGCACUUAGCUUCUCCAACCAAAGAAGAUGAGAGAGAGACAUCUGGCGAAGAGAGUCUGUUGGUAUCAGAGGCAAGCUUGAGAGAUAACCAAUUGGAGGUCGAGAAGAAUUAUAAUGAACUCAGUCCUCUUCGGGAAGCUCUAUCUCCGAUAGACUCAAAUGCAAUGACCCCAAAAGCACCUCUUCUUUCUGGAAACGCUAAGAAUUUGCAGAUGAGUGGCAAUUGCCAGAAGUUCAAUGCCUGGAGCACUAAUUUAAAGACUUCCCUCGUAAAUGAAUAUAUUCACUUCUUGAAUACAGCCAACAGAGAAGAGCUACUUGAGUUAAAGGGAAUUGGAGAGAAGAUGGCUGAUUACAUUAUCGAACUCAGAGAAACAAGCCCUGUGAAAUCGCUUGCUGACUUAGAGAAGAUCGGCUUCACCUCAAGACAGGUACACAACUUAUUCAAAAGAGCCACUGAAGGUAUUCUUGAGAAGCCACUUGCUGCUUCCACAACAACACCUUAGUUGUUGUCUUUAUCAAAACAAGAACACUUUGGUUUCUUCACGAAUUUGUGUAUUGUGUUUGGAGAAGUUUCAUUAUGUUUGUUCUUGUCAACGCUUUAUAACCAGGGAGACAUUGCUUUG